AUGCACUGCCGCUACUUCAUCUCGUCGUUGGCCAGCAUCCUCGUUGCUGUUGUGGCUUCAAUGGCCUCCCAAAUUUCUGCACCCCCGCUCCAUUUCGAAGCCAUCUUGACGGGGAAGACGACCAUUGGCUCCGACCCCUUGUACACCAAAAGUCCGUUCGGCACACGCCUCCACUCACCGCUCACCGGAGGGAAUCUGACAGACCCCAAGACGGGCGAGGUCGUCGCCACGCUUCUGCCGACAGCCGACGACGGCAUCAUCAGCGACUCGGGGGAAUUUUUUCCCUCUGCAAUCCUGCCAUACGUUUGGAAGGCGGACGGCCAUCUCGCAUCCAUAACUGUUCGCGGGAUCGGAACCUUGUACGGUGCUUCUAUCACCUACGCGCAUGUCGAAACGGACUCGCCGACGUACUCGUGGAUGAACAGUAAAUUCUUCCUCUUCUCGCUCCUUGCGAAUAAGGAGCCGCCCGAGAUGGUAUUCACAUUAUAUGGCGCCGCCAACACGACACAUGGGACUGUAGAGGGGAACGAGUAA